GAGGCCUGUCCUGCCUUCAGUAGCUCUCCUACUGCCCCUCCUAUGUGGGUCUGACUAGGUGUCUGCAGCCUUCUUCCCAGUGGGGACACAGCCAACUGGCACAGCCACUCGUGUUGAUUUGGUCACCAUGGAAAUGCAGUUCACCCUUGAGUUAGGCACACCUUUUUUGCCGCAGGCACUUGUGUCAAAGUCCUCAUCACCCCAGUCCCACCAAGCCAUCUGUCUAAGCCCUGGUGGACUGGGUCUUACGGCUGUUGUCGUGGCUUUGGUCCUCAGCAACUCUUGUCUGGUUCCUGGUGUUCCCUAGACUAGUGGCUGAGCCCAGCUUGCACUCCCUUGAAGCUAGGUCAGUGCUGGAGGAUCCCUGUAUAAGGGCCCAUGCACUGCCCCAGACUGGUUGUAAGGCUACAAGUGAGACCCUGCACAGCCCUCUGCUUUCACCCUUUGUAGACCCCAAGGACCUUAUACUCUCUCAGACUCUACAGACCUUGAACUUCUGGGUGCUGAAUGGGGAUAUCAUCUCCCAGCUCCAAGGCCUAGCAAGCAGGUGGGCUAGGGAGACACAUCAGAUCACUGGGUGGAGGUUGUGUUUGAUUUGUCACUUGGAACAACAAGCCUAAUGACUGAGAGGCAGUUGUUCCCCAGACCUCUUAGUGUUUGUCCUCUUUGGCAUUGAGGAGGUGUUGCAGCCAACUUGUGUGUGAGCAGAAGCAGCCUGUUGAAAAUGCCCUCCUGUGCACCCCCAGGCCUUCAGCCUGUGUCUUGAGGGGCAAGGCCCCUUCUGGUCCCAGAGGGUGUGGGGCAGCCCUUCUGGCCCUGCAGUGGUACUGAAGCUGCUCCGCUUCUCCUAAGCAGCAUGAGUGGCUAUCCUCAGCAUGUUGUCCUGUAGGGCAUUGGGGUCUCCAGGUCGAAUCCUAUGGUUAUCCUAUUUGCGGAGGAUACUCUUGGCUUCUUGUUGGUUUUGCAGUACUAGGGUUUAGGGCUUCAUGCAUGCUCAGCACUAUGCCAGUGAUAUAUACUCACAGCCCUAAAUAUCAGCUUCUGUUGCUACAGGUCCUGCCUGUUCUUCGGCCCUUCAGUACCCCUUGUACCAGCUUGGUGGCCCCCAGCUCCGCAUAUUUCGAACCAACUUCUUCAUUAAGCUGGUACGGCCUGGCACGGCCCAGCCUGAAGACACUGUGCAGUUCCGGAUCCCCAUGGAGCUCCAAUCGCAAGAGGGACCAUAGAAAUGUGAGGAUCAAGAAGCCAGAUUACAAGGUGGCCUAUGUCCAGCUGGCCCACGGUCAGACCUUCACUUUUCCAGACCUGUUUCCCGAGACCGAUAAGGAGCAGAGCGAGGAGGGCGACAUCCUGGAUGAUGUGAAUCAAAGGAAGAGCAAAGACAUCCGACGAGGCGGUGUCUCAGACUGGUUUGGUCUGUGACAGCCACAGGCAGAUACACAUGGACACGGGCCUCAGUGGGUAGAGCAGUUCUGAUAAUCCAAAUAAAAUCUCUGCCCUGGGAA